AUGUCUAUUCCAGGCUCCCCCACCGAGAGCACCUCGAGUAACUCGAGUGUGUUGCUGCUGGAUGGCGAACGCGGGCGUCAGCUGGUGGAAGCCCUCAAGUCAGAUCUAAAUUUGAUGGCCACUGAAGCACGCAAAAAGGCCACUCCCUUGCGGCUGGCUGUCGAAAGGGCAUUGGUGCGACUUUCAACAGUCGGAAGCUUGCCACCCACCAGCAUCUUACCCGAAAUGUUGCGUGCCAAGGAUUUAAUGCAGUCUUUCUUGCUGGGCCUGGAAGAGACCAAGAACCCCCGCGUUGUGCAGCUCUCCAUGGCCUGCAUUCAUCGAAUGAUCGAUACCGACGCCAUCGACCACGAGUCCAAACUGGUUGUGCUGGAGCGACUGCAGCAACUGGCCAGUACUGGUCAAGAAGAAAUCAAGAUUUUACAGUGCGUUCUCAGCCUCGUCACCACCAGCCCUGAUAUUCGCGGUGAUGAUCUGGCUCAGGCUGUGGCCUUGUGUUUUCGGCUGCACUUUGUCAAGGACGUCAUGACAGCAGCCAUUGCUGCAGCCAGCUUGCGCCAAUUAGUGGCCGCAGUGUUUGAGCGCGUGGCAGCAGAGGAUCGCAAUGCGAGCGAAGCUGUCGACUCACCUCGCCGCCAUGCUCCCGCCGCUGGCGAUGCAUAUCUUCUGUUUCAAGACCUCUGCCUCCUCACCAACGGCGAGUCUCCACACUGGCUACAGGGCCUCACCGAAAUGACGCGCACCUUGGGGCUGGAACUGAUAGAAACAGCCCUUUUGGCCAACCCCGACGUGAUCCUUCGUCAUGUUGAAUUUGGCCACUUGCUCAAGGAGCGUGUCUGCGCCCUCGUCAUCAAACUCUUCUCGCCUUCCAUUCAGCAAGGCGCAGGCGCCCGCAUGCCUGUUCUCCUGUUUCCCGUGGCCGUUCGCUUGAUGCAUGUUCUCCUUGCGCUCAUUCAGCACUAUCAUUCCCUGAUCGGUACAGAAUGUGAAAUUUUCUUGACCAUGUUGCUCAAGUUUUUGGACGCCGACAAACUGCUGUGGCAACGAAGCAUGGCGCUGGAGGUUUUGCUUGAGCUUUUCAAGAAGCCCGAGUUUCUGUUGUUGCUGACGACCAUGGUUAUGCACAAGAGUGCUGUUCCCGGACAGCUCUUUGAGCGCUUGUACCAGCUUGGUGCCAAGACCAUUGCCACGGGUGACGACAAGCUUGCUCUAUUGUCUGCACAUCAAGGCAAGGUUGUCGUCAUUAAUCUUCUUGACAAGAAUGACAGUCCUCAAAUCUCGCCCAGCUAUCUGCUCUCGGUCAUUUUUGCCAUUGUCCAAGACGCGGUCAAGUGCAUCUCCAGCCUCGUGCAAAUGGACCAAGCUGACCCCCACACCGACACUGUGAUCGAGGAGGAGAGCCCGGAGACGGAAGGGGAGCGGCGGGAUGUAGCCCCGCUGCUCGAGAUGGCAGGACGCAAUAUCAUUAGUCUUCUUGACGUCUUGUUAGCGUUUGCCACUGUGGAAACAGCCACAGACGGUCUUUUGCGCUCACUGCAGUCGUUGCUGCGUGUCACAGCUCAACUCAAGCUUGUGACGCUGCGCCAACAGGUCGUCAACAGCUUGUGUCGUCACUGUCUACCAGAUCAGUUCUCCUUUGCUGCCGAAUUGCCCAGUGGCGGCUGGAAUGUUACUCGAAAACACCUUCAGGUUGUGUAUGUCCUCUUCAACUCGGCACUCUGCCUGGGGGCCUAUCUGGACGAUUCAUGGACCGCAGUGAUUGGUGCCAUGCAGCAGCUGGUCGCAGUUUUGGACUUGCCACAUCCUGAAACCACGCAGCUGAGUUCCGCGCCUGGUGCGCGCAUCCUCUCGAACAGCCAGGGUGAGCGUAACAGCGGUGUUCGGCGGCAUCAUCGCCGUACCUCAUCCUCGGGGAGUACGAGCGGCAGCAACUUUAUGACAAUGACAGCCUCUGCGGCCUCCGAGCUACCGGGUUUAGCCGCUAUGUUGGCGCAAGUGUUUGCCAUGAGCCAUAACCUCUCCAAAUCAGCGCUCUACUUUCUGAUCAGUGCCCUCUGCAAACAGAGUGAGCGCACGAUUGACCUCCUGAUGAGCAGCCAGAAUGUUCCGACCUUGUCACGCAAUGAUGCACAGCUCUUUCCUGUUCGCCAACUUCAGUCGCUCGGCCUGGCCAACCUCAACCGCAUUAUGGAGUUUUGGCCAACCGUGACUGCGCACUUGAUUGAGGUGGCUUUCUGUGAGGACGCCAAAGUCAAACUUGAGGGUGUUGAAGCCCUGACAACGCUGGUACACGAGGCCCUCGUAAUCCCGCGCGACCCGCCCGUGGAAGCUUCGCCGGGACUUCAGCAGGCCAUCCUUUCUCCGCUUCGCAACCUCAGCAAAGUCCAAAACGUUCAAGUGGCACGGCGUCAGCUCGAAUGCGUCAAAAAGGUUCUGGAUUCGUGUGGGCAAUCGCUCUCCCAUGCAUGGCCCGUGGUCAUUGGCAUUAUCAACGAUGUCAUGGCCACCACCAACGCCAACAGCGACGCCACGACCCCUGUGGCGGUAAACGUUGCUUUGACAGCCGUUGAGCUCCUCUGGAACGUGGCGGACUAUUUGCACCAAAAUCGUGUCAGCAUGCAGGAGCGGCUUGAUACGCUGCCCAUCAAUACGGCCCAGCUCAACACGGUGGAUGAGGAUGGUCUCCCCACACACGUCUCCCUUUCACGAUUAUGGGUCAUCCUCUUCCAGCAGCUUGCACGCCUCUGCCUGGACUCGCGUGCUGAUGUGCGGCGCAGUGCUUGUCAGACCUUUUUUCUGACCAUCAACACACACGCAGCUAUCUUGGAGCUCGACGCCUUUCAAGAGGUGAUUGUUGAGAUUCUGCAGCCCCUAUUGCAGGACAUCCAGGCUGCUGCUGCACGGGACAUUGGUGCGGACACCAGUACCGACUAUGGAUCGGCAGCCAAGCAGUGGGCGGAAACCAAGUGUCUGACAAUGGCCGGUCUCGGCCAGCUUAUGGUGGGCUUUGUUCAACGGCUGCUGGAAAUUGAAGCAUUCAACCAGUUGUGGGAUCUAGCACUGGAACUGUUGGCCGUGUGGAUCAACGAUCUGCUGAAAGAGGUUGCCAAGGCCAGUGCCGAUGCCCUCUUGGUCAUGUUUGGCUGCCACGUCGCUUUGGGCCAUGGAACCUCACCCAUGGAGGGGCCCGUGCGUCGCGGGUUUCAAACCUGGGUCAAAGUUGUUUUGGAUGCCAGUCGUCGCCAGCCACCCCAUCGUGAAAAAACUCUCAUCCCUUUGGCGGGCUGUGUGGAGCCGCUGAUGUUGCACCUGCAAGCCAGUCUCACGGAUGAGCAGGCUGCAGCCUUGCUCAACGCCCUGCGCCACCUCAUGGACUGCCAUCAUGCCGAUGUCAUGAGCAUUGUACGUCUGUCAGACCUUCAAGCCGCCACUUUGACUGGUGUGCAGCAGUUGCUGCCUUCAAGCAGCCAUCCCCACGUGGACCACAAGCACCAGCUCAUGGCCGUACAAGAGCUGCGGCGCUACAUCACGUAUGCCAUCGCCCCACCUUUUCAGGUGAAUAACAAAUCCAUUUUCUUGGGGCUGAGUGCAGCUUGCUGCAAGGCUGUGGCCGAGUAUAUGGCCACCUUUGGCCAGGAGCAGUUUGUGGUAACUGCACAGCUACAGCUGGAUCUCUUGACCACGCUGACCCCUAUCCUUGCCAACCGCUUCUUUGCGGAUGAGGAUUGCAAGCUUUGGCAAGCGGCUCACACUUGUGCUAUUGCAACAAUCGAUCAUGGCCUGCGAGGUCUGGCCACCUGGAACACCAUCCUGGGCCAGACGGAUUUGGAUCAAACGUGGACGGCCCUGCUGGAUUGCAUAGAAGUGUCUUUCUUCCCGGAACGCUCGGCCGACACGAGGUUGCUUGCUACGGGUACAUUUGCUCAGAUUGAUUCCACGGUUGUACCAUUGGAUUUGGACAUGGUCACACUGAUUCAGGAUGCACUUUUGCCCAACACGCGCUCGCAUUCCAAGCGGGGCUCGAGUGCUGCAGGCACUGAUGUGGUGGUGCCACCGCAUGCCCUGUCGCGCACAAAGGACAUUUUGACGCGUGCAACGAAAAACAUUGGGAAUGCAAGGCGACCUUUGAGUGAGGCAGCAGUGAAGGCGUUGAUUGCUGCCGACUCGCGGAGCGCCGUGCCAGCAGAGGGCGUUUCAUCCGAUGCAGAGACUGAUCAGGCAGGCCACGAGAGUACCGGUACAGUAGCCAAUCUGACGGAUGGAUGUCUCGCUUCGCUGAAACAGUACGGACAGGAGCCGGGGGAUUCAAGGCUUAAGCACGACCUGUUGGUGCUCUUGUCAUCCUUGCCAGCCAUGAUAACACCGCAGCAUCGCCCGCAGGCCAAGCGGCUGUAUCAACCAUUGCUCCACUUGCUUUGCACGAGUGACGACGUGGCACUGCGCGACGCCGCCGCGAAUGCACUUCGUUCCUACGAGGCCUUGCUCUGA